UCCGCUUAGUUCGACCUGCAGCCUUCAGACAGGCUGGCUGCAGCCAGUGCUCGACUGCGCUUUGUUAGCUGACUCCGAGAGCACCCAGGGAAACUCCAGCCGUAUCAAUGAAAUAGUAUACUUUCCCCCCUCAAUUUUCGUUUUGGAAAAUGAUCAUCUGCACGAAUAAAAUGGAGUAUCGCUUAAGAUCGCAGUGCCAGCGAGUACAGAAGCAGGGUCUGCAGGUGAUGGUGAACGGUGAGAAGGACCGAGUGUCGCUGCUGGUCAUGAAGGCGCUGGUCAGCAGGGGGAGUGUAGACGCCGUAUCCCAGCAGAUGGCCACUCACCCCCAGUAUCUGGAGAGCUUCCUGCGCACACAGCACUACAUCCUGCACAUGGACGGCCCCCUGCCGCUACCAUAUCGCCAUUACAUCGCCAUCAUGGCUGCAGCUCGACACCACUGCGACUACCUGGUGUACCUGCACUCAGCCCAGUUUCUGAGAGUGGGAGGCGACCAUCUGUGGCUGCAGAGUUUGGAAGCAGCGCCUCCUCGUCUUCGUCUCCUUGACCACAUUAACAAGGUGCUGGCCCACCAGCCGUGGCUAACCGCCUGCUCCCAUAUACAGACGUUGCUGAAGGCGGGCGAGCAGUGCUGGUCACUGGCAGAGCUGGUGCAGGCCGUGGUAAUCCUGGCUCACUGUCACUCCCUCUGCAGCUUUGUGUGUGGAUGCGAUGUGAACCCGGACUUUGUCCUGUUCUCCAAAUCUCCCAACGACACGCUGCCAGCCUUCAGCCCUUACGAUGCUGCCAACGGCAACACCAAUGUGCCUCAGUCGCUUGCUGCCCCCUCUGAACAUAGAACACGGCGACGGUCCCUGGAAUCCAGUUGUGAGAUGGUCUUUCUUAGAGAGAGGAUCCAGAAGUCCCAGGAGGAACGGGACAAAAGAGAAGAGCAGUUUCUGCAGACACACCAGCAAACAGACACGGAAGAGGAGGAGGAGAUGAUUUGCUUCGCAGAUCCGUCGCGCUUUAUCACAGAUCCUGACUUUUGCUAUCAGGAGUUCAGCCGCCGAGAGGAAGAUCGUUUCCAAGUGUUAAGAAUUCAGGACUAUUCGUGGGAAGACCACGGCUUCUCCUUGGUCAACAGACUGUACUCGGACAUCGGGCACCUGUUGGACGACAGAUUCAGAAGUGUAGCCACCCUGCCCUCGUUGCAUAGCCCCGACCUGAAGAGAGCCGUCUGGAAUUAUAUUCAUUUUGUUUUAGGAAUCCGCUAUGAUGAUUAUGAUUAUGGAGAGGUGAACCAGUUGCUGGAACCAGAUUUAAAGCUGUACAUCAAAGCCGUGGCUUGUUUCCCGGACGCCACAAAAACCCUGAUGUGUCCGCUGAGUUUGACCGCCGCUAAAAGCUCUGAACGGACACACAUUAAUUUACUCAUCAUGGAAGCCCGGCUGCAGGCAGAGCUGCUCUACGCACUGAGAGCCAUCACUCAGUACAUGAUUACCUAAGUGUUGGGGGGAGCGGGGAGACCCAGAGGCGAGAAUCGACAAACAUCAGCAUUGAUGGAGCUGCGGGGCAGAAAUGGAGCUCAGUGGUUCGGGGCUCCGUCUCAUGAAUGUGCUUUUUUUUUUUCCUUCUUUUUCUAUCAGAUUCAAUGUAUUUUCUAUCACAGGAAGUCAGGCCGUCUGCUCAUCCCUCCUGCAGUUCGUCUCAUUGUGAAGUCUAUCCCGACUCUCAAUGGUUAUGUGCAAUUUUUUUUUAGAAGUUAUUUGAAUUUUUAUCAGUUUGUGUUCAGUGUUGAAGAAACUGCUUUGAUUUUAUUUCAUAUUUUGAAGCAGCGUGUUAACGGUGGCCAACACUCCUUUUAGCUAGACAAGUAUCCUUUUGUAUAAACUAAGCUUUCACAGAAAAAACAAACAAAAAAAACAACUUUUGUACAAUUGAAAUGAAUGUUUAUGGGAGUUCAGGGCUUUUCUUUUUGUGUUUCUUUUCUUUUUGUGGACAAUCCUCGUCAGUGCUGCAGGAGGACGCUGCAAACGCUGACAGGUUUGCUCUCCCUUACAUUUCAUAUGGAAGCCGGUCACAAAAAAAGCACAGCCGUGACACUGCUGGAAGUUAUUGCAUCACUAUCAACUAUAGUUUCUUUGAAUAAGCACUUUUUAAGACAAACUUUAUAUAUUUAUAAUCCAAUGUAGCAAACGUAUUGACAUUAAGGCGUAGUUGUAGGCCUUUCUUCUUGUCUGUGUACACUUUAGAGGGUCCUCCAGCUUUCUGCUGCCCUCAUUUCUGAAUGAAGGUACAAGAUCUGCAACCGCAGCCUGUUCAGGAAGACGUUCACUCGUACCCAAGCUAAGGAGUUCAGAAACGCAUAAGCUGAGCCAUCUUCUGUGGGGUUUCUGUGUUUGCGUAGUAAAUUGAGUAAUGAGUCAUUUGAAUCUGAAAAAAACGAAUCCCGCCGUUAGAAUAAAUGCAGUCUUCUCAGUUUUGUAAGUUUGGAACAAACUUGAUCUUAAAAGUCCAAAUUUGUCAGAAUUUCCAAACACAGCCAUGUUGGAAGCUUGUUAGUCAAAUUAUUAUUGUUUUUUUUCUUAAGUUUGUUUCAGUUUUACAGCUUUUGUACAUUUCGUUUUCCUGGGAGUGACUGUAGCAUCUGCUUGUUGUACUGAACCCUGGUAGAUGUAGAGCUUAGGGCGACCGUAGACUUAGAAUACGCGGCGGCAAAGCAUACUAAAGAAACAAGUAACUGUUGACAAAAGCGAAAGCGCUGUGAACACAGGUGCCUUUAGGCUGAAACUGUCGCGCUGCUCACGUGGAGGGAGGGAUGUUACUGUUGGAAGCUGAACGAGGGCUGCUGGUGCAUCUGGGAGACACUCCCACCUGUGACCAGGAGGAUGACCUCUUUACUUGUGCGUGAAGGAGAGCACAUCAUGUUCUUGGUAUUUCCGUAUUUCAGUAACAUUUCUGAAAAAUGUUUCUGGAAAAACAGCGGGGUGUUUUCCUGUGGGGUGACUCUCACGGGCCACAGCUACUCAGCUAGAGCCUUUGACACAGAUGGAUGUGAAAACGUUUAUCAAAAGAAAAUAUUUAAAAUUCAACAAAAAAAUGUAAACUAAGGGAAGACAAAAAAAA